CCUUGCUACCAAACAAACCGAAAUAUAUUAUAUGCCCCCCGCCAUGGAUUACAAUCACAUUCUCUGCUUCUUCAAAUUUCAGUCUUAAACCCACAAAAUAACCAUCCAAAAAUCUUACAGUUUCGUUACAAUUGAGUCCUUAUAUUGAACCAAAUAAGCAAUUUAACCUCUUCGCAGAGUCUAUGCACCAUACCUUUAUCUUGCUGUAAUGGCUCUGCUGCCCAGUCGCCAAUUACAUUUUGAUUAUUUUCAAACUUCAUUCUUUAAAUUCAAUGCAACACCUCUCCAAUUCUACAGAUACACUUCUUCAAUUCCUUUAAAUACACAAAAUUUCUACUCUAAUCCAAAGAACCCACAAAGAAAAUCAAGCUUUUUAGCCACUGAUAAACAAGAAAUAAGCUUAUCUAGUGGCAAUUGGUUAUCUAAAUGGCAUAAACCCAGUAAACAAAACCGCCCCAAAGCCCCUCAAGCUGUGUUAAAUUACAGAAAUGGUGAUACCAGUGGUAGUGGAGGUGACACAAUGGAAAAAAUUAUGGAGAAAUUAAAGAAACACGGGUAUGUAGACGGUGAUGUUAAUGGUAAUAAGAAUGAGAGGGUGAUUGAGAAAGGUAGUGUAGAGGAUAUUUUAUAUGUUGAGGAGGGGAAUUUGCCGAAUUCGCGGGGCGGGUUUUCGAAGGAGUCGCCUUUAGGAGUUGAAGAUGUGUUUAGAAGUAAUGGGGAGGUGAGGUUUCCAUGGGAGAAAGCUAAGAGAGAGGAGGUUGGAAAUGAGGAGAAAUGGAGUGCAAAGAGUAAGAGUAGGACACAAUUGGCUGAGUUGACAUUGCCUGAGCCAGAGCUGAGGAGGUUGAUCAACUUGACUUUUCAAACUAAGAGUAAGUUGAGGGUGAAGGGUGCAGGUGUUACUCGGGAAAUUGUGGAUACCAUUCAUGAGAAAUGGAAGGCAUCAGAGAUUGUUAGGGUCAAAGUUGAGGGGGCACUUGCCCUUAAUAUGAAGAGGAUGCAUGAGAUGUUGGAGAGAAAAACUGGUGGUUUGGUAAUCUGGAGGUCUGGCACUUCUGUAUCUUUAUAUAGAGGUGUAAGUUACGAGGAUCCUUCAGUGCAACUGAAGAUUUUGAAGAGAACUGAGAAAUCUAAUAAUCGCUUACCGACACCUACGGGUAAAAUUAUUAAGAGUCCAUCUAAUUUGUCCUCCUCCGCUGGCUUGGAUAUGCCUAAAUUGAAUUUAGAUUCAAUUUCUGAGGGUAAGGAGAAGAAAGAUACAGAAAUGGAGGCAGAAGUCAAGUAUGAAGAUGAAGUAGACAAGCUUUUGGAAGGUUUAGGUCCCAGAUACACAGAUUGGACAGGAUUGGAUCCGUUACCUGUGGAUGCAGAUAUGCUUCCGGGCAUAGUUCCCGGUUACCAACCUCCAUUCAGGAUACUUCCUUAUGGUGUGAGAUCAACUCUCGGACAAAAGGAGGCAACAUCCUUGAGAAGGCUUGCCAGAAUUCUUCCUCCACAUUUUGCCCUUGGAAGAAGCAGGCAGCUUCAAGGCUUGGCAGUAGCUAUGAGCAAAUUAUGGGAACAGAGUUCAAUUGCAAAGGUUGCACUUAAACGUGGCGUCCAGUUGACUACUAGCGAAAGAAUGGCUGAAGAUAUCAAGAAAUUGACUGGGGGUAUGCUUCUAUCGAGAAACAAGGACUUCUUGGUCUUCUACAGGGGAAAGGACUUCUUGUCGCCAGAAGUCACCGAAGCAUUGAUGGAAAGAGAGAGAUUGGCAAUUUCCUUACAAGACGAUGAGGAGCAGGCACGCGUAAGAGCAUCGGCCUUAAUUGUACAAAGUGCUGAGACAAUGGAGCAUUCAGGAAUUACUGGCACUCUUGAAGAAACUGUGGAUGCUGAUGCAAGAUGGGGAAAACGAUUGGAUGAAAAUCAUCGGGAAAGGGUUAUGCAAGAAGCGGAAAUAGCAAGGCAUGCAGAUCUUGUCAGAAAGCUUGAGAAGAAGCUUGCUUUCGCUGAAAAAAGGCUGAUUAGAGCUGAACGAGCCUUAUCCAAGGUGGAAGAAUCUUUACAACCAACAGAUAGACAGGCUGACCCAGAAAGCAUAACUGAUGAGGAGAGAUUUAUGUUUCGCAAGCUCGGUUUGAGGAUGAAAGCUUUUUUACUUCUUGGUAGACGUGGAGUUUUUGAUGGUACAGUGGAAAACAUGCACCUGCAUUGGAAAUAUCGUGAACUAGUCAAGAUCAUUUUGAAAGCCAAAUUUAUUGAGCAGGUAAAGAAAAUUGCGUUAGCACUUGAAGCUGAAAGUGGGGGUGUCCUUGUUUCAGUAGACAAAAUCUCCAAAGGAUAUGCAAUAGUAGUCUAUCGAGGAAAGGAUUAUGAGCGGCCAUCAAAAUUGCGGCCAGGAAAUCUAUUGACAAAGAGGAAAGCUUUGGCUCGGUCAAUAGAGAUUCAAAGGAGUGAGGCUAUUCUGAAGCACAUCACAAAUCUGCAGAAGAAAGCAGACAAAAUAAGAUAUGAAAUUGAACAAAUGGAGAGGAUAAAAGAUCAAGGGGAUGAGGAGUUCUAUGAUAGAUUAGAUGCUGCUUAUCCAACAGAUGACGACACUGAGGAAGGAGAUGAAGUAUAUCUCAAUGAAAAUGAUGCUAAUUCUGCUGCUGAUGAUGAAUCUGGUGACGUAGGUCAUAGAGCUCUUCUGGAAACGAGUAACCAUUCUGAUGUCCAAAAUCACGAGUCCGAAUUAGAAUCUGAGCGCUAUGAACAGUUUCCUGAAGCAUUUGAGAAUGAUAGUGAUUACGAAGAUGAUUUUGGAGGUGAUAAUUUUGUACAAAAUCCCGAUACAAAUUUUCCUUAUCAUUUCCAGGAUCAAGUAAUUGAGGAAAAACUUGAGGAUAUGGAAGGUGAAAAAAAUUAUGAAUGAUGUUGACAGAAAACAAGUCUAGUUCGAUUCCUUGCCAAACUCUAUCAAGUGUGUCAGAAACAAUUCGAGGUUCAAAAGGAAUACGCUUAAACAGUCCCAACUUAGCAAUGCAUCAGUUCAUGCAGUAAACAUGAACGAGAACUACAAUAGCAGUUAUGCUGAUCGACUUAAUGAGCAAGUACAAGGCACAAAACUACAACCAAAAAAUUCUGGCAGUUAUGUUGAUCAACUUAAUGAGUAAGUACCAAGGCACAAAACUGCAGCAGUUAUGUUGAUGAAUUGAACUAGAACUGCUUAGUUAUCCUUUUUCUUGUAAAUUAAUCUGUGUAUCCAGUUUUUUUUACCUUAAUCGUUUUGUAUGGCUACUAGUACUACCAAUUUGUUUAUUAAUUGGUGUAUUUGGUUCUUUGUGAAAAGAUUGACAGGUUUUUCUGAUAGCCUGUAGGAAACUUGAUAA